AUGUUAUCUCUUUACCUCCAGAGGAAGUAUGCACUCCAUUACAAGAUUGCUCUCAUCAUAAACUACCUGGGGCACUGUAUAUCUAUAGGAGCGCUUAUUGUUGCCUUUAUGCUUUUCUUGUGCUUGAGGAGCAUCAGAUGCCUGCGAAAUAUUAUCCACUGGAACCUGAUCACCACGUUCAUUCUGCGGAAUGUGUUGUGGUUCCUGCUUCAGAUGAUUGAUCAUAACAUACAUGAAAGCAAUGAGCCCUGGUGUCGGUGUAUUACAACGAUCUACAAUUAUUUUGUGGUGACCAACUUCUUCUGGAUGUUUGUGGAAGGCUGCUAUUUGCACACUGCAAUAGUGAUGACUUACUCCACAGAUAAGCUGAGGAAAUGGGUCUUCCUCUUCAUAGGAUGGUGUAUUCCUUGUCCAAUCAUUGUUGCCUGGGCCAUUGGCAAGCUCUAUUAUGAAAAUGAACAAUGCUGGUUUGGAAAGGAACCAGGGAAGUACAUAGACUACAUAUAUCAAGGCCCAGUGAUUCUCGUUCUUCUGAUAAAUUUUGUAUUUCUAUUUAACAUCGUUAGGAUUUUAAUGACAAAACUGAGAGCUUCAACCACUUCAGAAACAAUACAAUACAGGAAGGCAGUAAAGGCUACGUUAGUCCUUCUGCCUCUUCUGGGUAUUACCUACAUGCUUUUCUUUGUCAACCCCGGCGAAGACGACAUUUCCCAGAUAGUCUUCAUCUACUUCAAUUCCUUCUUGCAGUCUUUUCAGGGUUUCUUUGUGUCAGUAUUUUACUGCUUCUUGAAUGGCGAGGUCCGCUCAGCCGCGAGAAAACGCUGGCAUCGCUGGCAGGACCACCACGCCCUGCGCGUGCGCGUGGCCCGGGCUAUGUCGAUCCCCACCUCCCCGACGAGAAUCAGCUUCCACAGCAUCAAACAGACGGCGGCAGUUUGACCACGCAGACGUCCGGGCACCUUCAGAGUUUUUCCCUCUUCCCCCUUUUUGUCUGUCUUGCCUCCUUUUCUCGGCACUGUGCUCUUGCAGCGAGACGCCCCCUUGUGUCUUGGUGGACAUUUGUCCAUUUAUAUAUGAUGCUGCUUUAAGGCAACCAGCCAAAAAUAUAACACAGAAAGGAGCGCGGGAGGGAGGUGGGGGGUGCAGGUUUAAGGAAGAAUGGGAUUUAAAACUGGUAGCCCCAUUCGGAGAUUUUCAGCUUCUAACGACAAAGUGGGAAAGAACCUGGCGGAAGGAACGAUCGAUUUUGUUUUUCUUUAAGGAUUGUGGUUAAAGAGACUGUUUUGACCAACUGCCCGUCUCAUUCCACACUUCAGCUGCCAGUGAUUUCAACAGGUUUGUUCUGCAGAUUGUCUGUCUGUCUCCUUCUUUGAGCUUGGUAAAAGUCUCGCCUAGUGAGCAAGGGAGCAAGCAAAAGGGGAUCUGGCAGGUGUUUGAGGGGAUCGGGAUGUGUAUAUCUUCCCCACUGCUCCCUCUGCUGGGUUAGGGAAUCACUGAGCUAUUUAACAGCUGGCAAUCUGUCCUGCUGGCGCCCAGCCUUGUUCACAUACGAGGUUUUGAAAUGGACAAACUCAGCAGUAUCUCUGGAUCUCUCUAUAAAUUACUGUGUUUCAUCUCUGCUUAGCCGAAUAGUUUUGAAACUGUGUCAGCAGCCACUGGACGUCUUUGUUUUACCUGGUGGCGAGGAAAGGACAACUGAGGAUUUGCUCGGCUGUAUUGCUCGGGUCUCAAAAUCAUAAAAUAAAAGGGAAGCUGUGUAAAAACGAAUAAUAUUUGAGUUACGAGGAAUGUGCAAAGUGCUGCACAAAGAGUAUCGAUUUUGCAUUUGGAACUAGAGCAAACGUAUCUGCGAGGCUUUUUAUGUGAUGUUCAGAAAUAUUGUAUAUUUUCAAUAAUA